UUCAGAGCCCCAUCAUCAGUGUCCACUCCUGAAUCCUACUGCCUAAAGAUCCACCAAGAUGAGCAUCCAGGCCCCGCCCACACUCUUGGACGUGGUAUUGCAGAUACUGCUGAGGAAUGAGGCCUUAACAUUCUCUUUUCUGGAGUACCUGCCCAAGGAGCUCUUCCCACCACUUUUCAAAAAGGCCUUCACCAGCAAGCAAACUAACAUCCUGAGGGCAGUGGUUCAGGCUUGGCCCUUCCCCUGUCUUCCUUUGGGGUCCCUGAUGAAGACUCCAGACCUAGAGAUCCUUCAGGCUGUGCUGGAUGGGGUGGAUAUGCUGAUUGCACAGAAGGAGAAGCCCAGGAGGUGCAAACUGCAGGUGCUUGAGUUGCUCAAUAAGCACCGGAACUUCUGGAACAUAUGGGUUGGAACAACGAAAGGCAACUGCUAUCCCCGGGUCAUUAGUAAAACGCCAACAGUGGAGGACCGAGCAGUUCCUGGGGGGAAGAAGCAGCCUUUGAAGGUCUUAGUUGACUUUUGCCUCAAGUGCCCUGAUCUGGAUGAAUACCAAAAAUAUUUCUUCCAGUGGGCUGAGCAGAGAAAAAGUUUGCUACAGCUGUGCUGUCAGAAGCUGCAGAUUUGGGAAAAGCCUGUCUGUAGUGUCUUAAGGCUCCUGAAAAGUCUUGAGCCAGGUUAUAUUCAGGAGUUAGAAGUAAGUACAUUAUGGAGGCUGCGGUCCCUGCCCCUGACAUUGUUUACCCCUGACACUGAAUACAUGAGAAACCGCAGUAGAACCAAUGAGGGUGUAGAGUUAAUUGAAUGCAUGUACACAGCACUGGAGGAGAGGAUUGUUACCACAGUCAUUUCUCAGUUACCGAAGUUCAGCUCACUCCAACAUCUCUGUUUGAAGGAAGUACAUUUCUUCAAGGUCUCCCUGGACCAAGUACUCAGGUCCUUGAGGAGUUCCUUGGAGACCCUCGCAAUCACUCACUGCCAUCUUUCACAGUCAGACUUGAAUUGUCUGUCCAAGUACCCAAGCAUCUAUCAGCUCAAGCACCUGAACUUGAGUGGUUCCAAAAUUUUCCAUUUAUGUGCCAGGCCCCUUAAAGUUCUACUAGAAAGAGUCUCAGCCACUCUGCAGACCCUGGAAUUAGAUGACUGUAGGAUGGAGGACUCCCAGAUCAAGGCCCUCUUGCCUGCCCUAAGCCAAUGCUCCCAGCUCACCAAGGUCAAUUUCUAUGGAAACUACAUCUCCACAUCUGUCCUGAAGAACCUGCUGCAGCACACAGCCAGUCUGAGCCAGCUGUCCUUGGAGCUGUACCCUGCCCCUUUCGAGUGUUAUGAUGUCAUGGGUGGUUUUCUGGUAGAAAGAUUUACUCAACUUGGCCCGGAACUCAUGGAUACACUGUGGGCUGUAAGGAAGCCCAAGAUAGUCUGCUUUGCCUCCAAUGUCUGCCUUAAAUGUUAUGAACGCUGCGUCUAUAUCCAGGACGUGUGUCUAUGUUCCUGUUGGCAGUAAUGAGAAGAAGGUAAUUUCUGGGCACUGGGAAAUGAAACUCUGGUAUCCCAUGAAGGGGCCAUAGAGAACGUUGCGUAGGUACUGUUCAAAGUGUGAGGAGAAUGUGAUAUACAUAGCCAGUUCUUAUGAGAGGGAGAAAACUUGGCACAGAACAGAGGUUUCAGGGAGACAGAUGUCUUCAGGAGACAGAAAGAAUUGUAAAUUUUUAAAUGUGGCUCCUGACAAGCUAGGUAAAUGACAGGUUCCUCUGCAAUGGCCUUGGUAAAGUACUGGUCAGAGCCUGGAACUCUGAUGCUCUCUCCCUGAAGUCCUUUGGGAUCCGUUAACCUGCUCUCUAGUUUCAGUGUUAGCAAAGCUCCAUGACUACAGAGAAGGGAAAUGAGGCUGGAGCCCAAGAACUCAGCCUCAAAAUAAAUCCUCUCGGUGGUCAUCAUUCCAGUCUUCACUCAUUUCUGGGCAUCUGUUCUAUCCCCUGUGAGACUGUCAGGGGGUCAUGAGCACAGAUUCAAGCUCAAGUGAGCAGUGCAGAGCUAGUGUCCAAUGGUAGAGAUUGGGGGAAUGGUAGGGGGUUAUUCAGGAUACUCUGGCUAUGAGGGAGCAGGGAGACAUGGAAGAGGGUAAAGUCAAAUGAAAGAGCACAAGGAAAGAAAUGGGGUCUGUAAAAUGGAGUAAACAGCACAUUGGAGGCAAUCAGUUUUCUGGACCAUCUAGGACUCGAGGAAGCUGAGAUGGGUGGGGACCAGGAUUCUAAUCAGUCAUUUCCUAGGACUGAAAGACCUAGGAAAUGAGUUUGCAAAGGGGAAGUAUGAUU